CACUAACUAAUUAUCGGAAAGCUUCUCUAGCACUGCAUAGUUGAGUGCCUAUGAAAACUACUCCCUGAUUGAAUACCAUCGGCUACCUGUGUCUCCCCUAUUAUGAAUGGGCGAUAAGAAGCUGAGGUGGAUGACUGGUUGGCGGUAUGGCUGUUGAGGACGAAGCUCCUCCGCCGGAGGUCAAACAUUACAACAAAUAUGGAGAAGUCCCCUGGGAUAUUCAAAACUACUGGGCCCAGCGCUAUAAUAUCUUCUCUAGGUAUGAUGACGGCGUCUGGCUAACUGACGAUGCUUGGUUCGGAGUAACCCCAGAGCCUGUUGCAAAUAAAAUAGCGGCGCAUAUGACCGCUGCAGCCCCCCAGAAGAAGAGCAUUGUAAUAGAUACAUUUGCUGGCGUUGGAGGCAACGCGAUCGCUUUUGCACGCUCCAACAAAUGGAGAAGGGUCUACGCAAUUGAGAAGAACCCAGCAAGUCUUCAAUGUGCAAAACAUAAUGCUAAGAUCUACGGUGUCGAAGACAAAAUCACUUGGUUCCAAGGAGACUGUUUUGAGAUUCUUAAAACCCAGCUGAAAGACCUGGCACCUUACAGUGUGAUUUUUGCAAGCCCGCCCUGGGGCGGACCCGGAUAUCGAUCUGAUAAGGUCUUCAAUCUGUCCACGAUGGAGCCCUACUCUAUAGAGACUAUUUACUCUGAGUUCUCGGCGUUUACAACAGAUAUAGCUCUCUUCCUCCCAAGAAGUUCUGACUUGCGACAGUUGGCAGCUUUAGUGAAAGAUGAAAGGAAGGUCACAGCCAUGCAUUAUUGCAUGGAUGGAGCAAGCAAGGCCCUUUGUAUCUAUUAUGGUGAUUUCAAAAUUGAGCAGGAAUAGCAGAAAUCCGCAUUGCGAACAAUCUGUAUUCAUGCUAACUACAUGCACGAUGAUGAAUGUGCGAAUGGUUUUCUAGCGCUGUUUGUGCUAACAAAAGUGUCCCUCCAGGAUGAUUAGCUGAAGAGCUCAUCCUAGCAGGGCUGCGUGGACAAGAUUUCUGCAACAAGAGACUUGGCUGCAGGAAGCUACGAGAACUUGGGAUACCGUAAGCACUCCUGUGGAGGGGAACGGCUUAUUCUGUCAGAAUAACCUCUUCUUAUCGCCCCCAAAAGAACAAAGCACGAUGGAAGAAAAAUCUCUGAUUUUCUGAGUGAAAGUUCUCCUCCCCAAGCCACGCCAUCUCCGUAAACAUGUACGGAGCAAGGCGGGUAGUCCCUUGGGGAUCGGCCUUCACACCUCUGGAUCGCCGUAUACGAGCUCGGUUCAUCCACAUGCAAAAUGCACCCUAUCCGCUGUCCCCAGCACACACAUAUAUCUACGACCCGCUUACGCAGACCCGUGCGGUCAGCGCGAAUGAAUUCAACUCUUUACCUUCGAUAAGGAACGCGCCGUCAAAAUGCUGUCGCACUUCGGCCAUGACGCAGCUACUAUUCCUGAGGUUGGCGGAGAAUCCAGUACUGGCCGGCCACAUGCAGGCUUUCUUGCAGUUGAAGCUUCAACGGCGGGUGAAGAUAAGAAACGACUCUAUAUCUGUAGUUUUUUUCUUUUUUUUUUUUUUUUAGCCAGACUCACAAUGGAAAAUAAAAGGGAUUGUGGGAAUUUGAUUUCAAA